AUGACCUUAUCAUCAAGAAGAAGAGAAUUGAGAGCUUCUAUUCGAGAGAAUAUUAGACAGGCUGAAAAUUUCGACCAAGAGGAUGAUGCAGAUAAACACAUUGAUCAGGAGUUGAGACAUUUGCAACACAGCCACCCGCAAGAACACGAGGCAACUACCAAUCACGAUGCUACCAAACUGAUCAACACCAUUAAACGAGAGCAUGAAGAACAUGCUGGCUAUAAUAAUGCUUAUGAUACAAUCAAAGUGAAACGUGAAUUUGAUAACAAACAAGGAGAGGAUGAUGACGAAGAAGAAGAAGAGGAGUAUCAAGAGGAGAAUGAACAUACUGAGAUACCAAACAGAAGGAGAACCCGAAACAAACGACAAAGAAUAGAACUUUCAAAUACUACAGUAGCUCCCCAGACAAGAACUAUUUUUAAGCAUAUUGAUAAUCCCGAUUCCACCAUUUGUGAGCACUGUGGACUUGCAUUUAGAAAUGUUAUUGAUAAGAGAAAUCACCGCAGAACUCAUUCACAGCCAAAGAGGCACGUAUGUGAAACAUGUGGUAAAAAGUUUAGUCAGAAAGCAAAUUUGGAAAUUCACAAAACACAUGUACAUCAUGAUUUGAUAUUGGAUGAAUAUAACGGCGAGUUGCCAAAUCAACCUGUUGAAGAUAAUAGUGCAAAUAUUUUUUCAAAUGACAACAAUACUAAGCCACCAGUUAAUUUGAAGGACGUUAGAGUAUUUCAUUGUAAUGCUUUACAAUGUGGUAAAGGUUUUAUUUCACACGACAAGUUGAUGGACCAUAUUGCUACAGAACACCCUAAUUUUGUACCGGAAGUGAAAAAGGAAACAAAGAGAGAGAAAAAGAAAGCACAACUUCCCAAAGUUCAUGAAUGUACUUUUGAAGGAUGUGACAAGUCGUUUGCAAAAAUUUCAGAUUAUAAAAGACAUUAUCGUAUCCAUACUGGUGAAAGACCAUAUAUUUGCGAGCAUUGUGGAGCUAGUUUCAAUCAACGUUAUAGAUUAACAACCCAUACCAGAAUUCAUACUGGGGAAAAACCAUUCCAAUGCAAAUAUUGUGGGAAAACAUUUGCCCGAGGUGAUGCUGUGCAGUCUCAUAUCUUUUCAAUUCAUCGAGCCAAAGGAGAGGCAUUCUGA